UGACGUCAUAUCGCGUUACUAAAAUUAGUCAAGAUGUCAGAAUUAAUAACAUCUCGUAUCCAGUCCCCACUCGUGUUCCAGUAAAUCUAUAAAUUUUGAAGAAGUCAGUAUACUUACUAUUUGAUUCAACUCAAAAUCAAUACAGAAUAAUCGUAGAUCGUUACCGAUUCGUUUUAAGCACCGUUGUAGGAACACAAUAAGAAGAGUUUGGGAUACAGGAAGCCAGAGGCUUGCUAUCGCAACUCGAGAUGAAAUGUUUUGUUAUCGUUUUUAUCGUAAUGGCGGUGAAAUGGUCUGCAGCAGAAACAAGUUGUCAAAAUGUUUUAGAUUGUAAAGGCACGUCAGAUGGCUACCAGAAUUGCUGCGUUGGUAAAUGUGUUUAUCAUAAAUUCUGUGAUGGCUACUGUUCUCAUAAAAGGCAUUGUGCACCCAACGAAAACUGCAUAAGCUAUCAAUGUUCGAAAGACGAGCAAGAUUGUCGAUAUCCGUAUGAGUGUUCGGGCUCCUACAAGAACUGCUGCAAUAAUAAGUGUGUUGGCCGUCGAUAUUGUGAUGAAUAUUGUUCUCGUAAAAGCGAUUGCUCAACAGAUGAGUACUGUAUUUCCAAUAAAUGUUCGAAAAGCAAACCUUUUGGAUAUUGUGAUUCAGAGAACACGUGUGAACACUAUCUUCAAUUCUGCAGUGUCAAUAACAAAUGCGAAUACUGCGAUUGUGCGAAGGGGGAAAAGUGUGGUACAGAUGGAAAAUGUCAGACCAAGGAUUCCAUGUCCUUCUCUCCUGCAUCUAUUGCUGGUUUAGCCGCUGUAGUAGUUAUCGGUAGCUGUAUAGCCUGCGGUAUAUAUUGYGGAUGUGCAAGAAGGAUUGGCAGACAGCCUCGAGCACAAUUACAACUACCAGCUAGUAGACAGGAUGUUUCUUUAAAUGUAGUACCUGAUGCUGAGGCAGUGGAGACACCAGCAAGUCCUCCUAUACUUCCUGGUGGACCUCCYCCUUAUCAUUCACUAGAACGGCUUGAUGUUACAGAAGAGCCUCCUCCUCCUUCUUAUGAAGAAGCUGUAAGGAAUUCACAUAAAAAUUUGAGUGCAGCGUGAUUACAAUUAUAGUCGAAUAUUAUAUGAAUGGUGUGCAAUGRACUUGUACCAGUGGCCACACAGCACAUAUAUUAAAGCCUUAAAAGGAAAAAAAAACUUCAGGUACUUUGAACAGCAAGCAUUGAUUAGGCUCUGCUUCAUGAUUGACAGAAUUAUAAGUGAGGUAACUGUACAUGAGAGAGUCCUCUUACAGACCUAAUUGAAAAAACAUUGUCAGAUCAUAAGAAGGGAAGUCAUUGAAGGCAGCAAUCAGGAUUUCAAGUACCCAUAAUAUUUGAACCAUAUUUGGCAUAAUUGGGAUAUAUGUUUCUUUUACUGCAGAGGCAAUCUUCUGCCACAAUUAAACACUGUUUAUAUUCUGACUCAUAAUAUCUGCCAUACCAUGUUCACUUUUGGUCUCUGAUAAUGUAGCCUGUUUGAACCUAAAAUGUUUUUCAAACAUAGUCUGUUUGAACCUAUAAUGUUUUUUAAACAUAGCCUGUUUGAACCUACAUGUACAUGUAUAAUGUUUUUCAAACGGGUGUAUUUGAAUGUACAUAAUUUAUUGUUUGGAGAUGAUUAGAGAAUAGAAUACCAAUAUUGAACUCAACUURAAAUAUUUGAUAGCCUUGGUGAAGCCAAAGUUGGCAGUAACAUAAAGUUUGUAUUGGCACUGAGGUAGAACAAUUUUUACACACAAAAAAGAUGUGCACAGCUUAUUACCACAAACAUUAAUAUAUAUGUAUUAUACAAAAUAGGUGCUCAAGAUAUUCUUAUCCCUUAAGUCAUUUUCUAUUGUUAAUCARUAUUAUUUAAAUGUCUGGUUGGUAUUAGUGUCAUGGAGUAAUUACAACUCAUGUGAUUUUCAAGUAAUAUAUUCCAUAUUAAUUUAUUAUUUCAAUUAGCUAUAAAUAAGAUAUAUUAAUCACAUGUAAAUAAUCAUUGGAAACUACUAAAUUUAUCACAUGACAAUAAUGUCUUGUAUAUUGAUUAAACUUCAGUAAAUAUC